AAAGGUUUUCAGAAUGUAAUGUUCCCAUUGUCAUUUUGGUCGUAUACAGCCCCAAACAAGCACAGCCAGCGCCACCGGCGGCAAGAUCCCUGUCUAGCUAAUUGUAUACAAUUAGCUAGAUGUGUAAGAGCAAGAAGCUAAGUGUCUGUCUUCAGACCCCUUGAUCACAUUUUAUGGGUUUUCAACUCAAGUUUUCUCCUCCUCUCUAUCUUGCAGCUCAUAUCGUCUACAAUGGAGUCCCUCCAGGAGAUUCUGGGAGCCCUGUCCGCAAUUAAAAAUAUACACAAAGUCGAUAAGAAUACAUUGAUCAACCACAAGGACGAGAUUGAAUCAGCUUUUCAGAUAUUACACUCACUCCUUCAUUCUUCUGUCUUCUCGCAAAGAUUAUCAGAACAAGCUGCACCUACUUCACCAGUCAAGAAAGUACCUGAUACGGUAACACGGGUCUUGUCAUACCUCAAUUAUGAAAGCACCGUGGAAUUCGCGAAAACGACUGAAAAAGUCCCCUUGCCGACCAUUUUAUCAAUAGAAGACCCUCGUGUGAUUGACAUUAUGACAGUGAAUGGAAAGCGAACCCAAGAUGACUUCUUUCGAGCUGGGCUCGGUGCACUUUCUCUUGCAGACGAUUUCGAGGACUGGGCAGAUAAAGAAGAUCUUCCCUCAAAGUUACGCAGCAUAGUCGAAGGCGCAAGAAGGCAAGGACCUGAGUACUUAGAGUACAUACGAUCUUGCAAGCGUUUCAGCAAUCAAAAUCAAGCGCGGAGUUGUAUUCGAUGCGGAAUGAAGCUGAAGUAUCUCGAAUGGCGGAUUCGGGAAUGUCUUGAUAAUCAGCAACUCGAGCUUGAGACGGCAAUUCGCAAAUGCACACCUCUCGCGUUUGUCUGGCCAACAUUCUUUGCUUGGAGUCUCAUGGACCGCUGCCGUCUGAAAGAUAUUCCAGCACUUGCGCACGAGCUUGUUAUGACUGAUUAUUGGAGACUGUUGGCUCAAAACACACAUCAAUGGAUUAUUGACCGCCGGAAAGACUACAAAGCCGAGAUCAUCAGAAGGGAUCCUUCUCAACCAGUCGAGGUUGCUGAUCAUCUCAGUAACCAUGUCGAGGCUGAUGAAGAUAUAGCUAUCUCGUCUGUCGACCAUGUGAUUGUUGCCGGGUCUUCCGAGCAUCUUUCAGAAGCAGAUGUAUCCUUUACGGGAAUUAAUACGUCGCUUAAUAGUUCAUCAGUCGAAGUUGGACAGAUAAUCUCAGAAACCGACGGAAAAAGCAGGGAGCGCAGUCGCAAAAGAUGUCGGAUACCGGAAGGAAUUUCUCAAGGAGAGAAUAAACGACACAAAUCUGCAGGAAACCUUGACGUGAUGGCUUGUCCGACUAUCGAGAACAUAGCACGAUCUGCUGAUUCCAAUGAUCUUGCAUCAAGAUAUCCCGUUUCUCUGUCAGCCAUCGAUGCCUCGAGUUCUGCGUCUUUCCCGCCCCUGGAAACAGGAACGUCAGUUUUAGUGGAUGUCGAUAUUAAUGAUCCUGACUGGAUACAUGAUAUCCCGCUAUCAGUCCUCUUAUGCGAACCCGAAACUUCACCCCCUGACCCCAAUGCUCUUUCUGAUAUAGUGGCAGAUAUACCUGAGCCUGUGCAGCUUAUGGAAACGUCUGUUUCUGUUGAUGUCAAUAUUCCUGAGUGGAUGCAAUUUUUUGAUUCACCAGCCGCGCACUUGACCCCACAAGGCCUUAAUCUUCCUUCACCCCAGUUAGCUACUGCUGUGAGUGAGUCGAUACUGGAUCUACAGUAUUCAAUGGAAAAUGAAUCGCGAUAAGGGCUUCUCAGCCUUUUGGCAAGCGAUAGCCUUCA